GGCGUGAGUCACAGGCCUGACCUUCAUCUUUCAGCCUCUUCUGAUGGAAAACCAAACAGCUGCACCUGUUCAGCUCCCACCGCCCUGUGAUAACACGGCCCGGUCUCGUCCAAUCACACGGCCCGGUCUCGUCCAAUCACACGGCCCGGUCUCGUCCAAUCACACGGCCCGGUCUCGUCCAAUCACACGGCCCAGUCUCGUCCAAUCACACGGCCCGGUCUCGUCCAAUCACAUCGCUCCUCUGAAGGAUAAAAGCUCCUCCGCUGACGGCCUGAACAUGUUCGAGCCAUGGCCUUCCUGUGGAUCCUCUCCUGCCUCGCCUUCGCCGGCGCCGCCUACGGUUGUGGCGUGCCCGCCAUCACUCCUGCCAUCACCGGUUACUCUCGUAUCGUGAACGGUGAGGAGGCGGUGCCUCACUCCUGGCCCUGGCAGGUGUCUCUUCAGGACUACACCGGCUUCCACUUCUGUGGAGGCUCUCUCAUCAACGAGAACUGGGUUGURACGGCCGCUCACUGCGAUGUCAAGAUCUCCCACCGCGUGAUCCUCGGAGAACACGACCGCUCCUCCAACGCCGAGCCCAUCCAGACCAUGGCGGUCGGCAAGGUGUUCAAGCACCCCCAGUACAACGGCUACACCAUCAACAACGACAUCCURCUCAUCAAGCUGGCCAGCCCCGCCGAGCUGAACAUGCGUGUUUCUCCUGUGUGCGUGGCCGAGACCACGGAUAACUUCCCUGGAGGCAUGACCUGUGUGACCUCCGGCUGGGGUCUGACCAAGUACAACAACCCAAACACCCCCGCCCGCCUGCAGCAGGCCUCCCUGCCCCUCCUGACUAACGAGGACUGCCGUCUUUACUGGGGCAGCAAGAUCACCGACAUCAUGAUCUGCGCCGGCGCUGAGGGAGCCUCUUCCUGCAUGGGAGACUCUGGUGGUCCUCUGGUCUGCCAGAAGAGCGGAGCCUGGACCCUGGUGGGUAUUGUGUCCUGGGGCAGUGGAAUCUGCAGCACCUCCAUGCCAGGUGUGUACGCCCGGGUCACCAAGCUGCGCUCCUGGGUGGACCAGACCAUCGCUGCCAACUGAGCGCGCUCAGUAGAACACCUCCACUUUCAACCUGACGUUCAAUAAACCCCAGAAACUGUAACAACA